AUGGGAAAAUGUGACGAAGCUAACGUCGAAGUUAGCAUGGGGGACUCGGCGUCCCCUACUAUGAAACCUGAUAAUUUCUCGUUCACCCCGCCUCCAGAGGCUCCGGUGUUUGAACCUACGCCAGAAGAAUUCUUGGACCCCCUGGCAUACAUCAGCAAAAUACGACCAAUCGCUGAGAAGUCGGGCAUUUGCAAGAUAAAACCUCCAGCGCACUGGCAGCCUCCCUUUGCAGUUGAUGUGGACCGGUUACGGUUCACACCGAGGAUACAAAGGCUCAAUGAGUUGGAGGCGAUUACCCGAGUGAAGUUAAACUUCCUCGACCAGAUUAUGAAGUUUUGGGAGCUGCAGGGCUCUGUGCUGAAGAUCCCAACUGUUGAAAGGAAACCAUUGGACCUCUACGCCCUUCACAAGAUUGUCAAAGAAGCAGGUGGUUUCGAAGUAUGUUCAGCGGAGCGCAAGUGGUCGAAGGUGGCCCGUCGUAUGGGCUUCCCCCAGGGCAAGGGCAUCGGCUCUAUCCUGAAGAGCCACUACGAGAAGAUCCUCUACAGAUAUGAUAUCUUCAAAAACAAUGGAGCGGUGGAUAAUAAAGAUACUAAAAUUGAAGUUAAAGGCGAACAAACGCCAGAGAAGGCGAGUGGCACGCGAAGUCGAUCGACAAGUAAAUGUACGGCGGCCGCAACACCGCCUCCGGCACGUCGGUUCAAACCGGACCCGGACGGACCGACCUCUACAGAAACCAUACCGGCUGAUAAAACCCCUCAACAAAUGCAAGAGGAGGCAAUGAAGACCCCAAUCAAAGAGGAGAACCCCUCAGAAAAUAGGCGAAGUCCUCGUGAAAAUAAAUGGAUGUCAGCAGCGGGUAGUUGCGGCGCCAGGUCCCGGGUGACCCGGUCGACCCGGUUGCGGGAGCAUCGCAUGUCCAACAUGACCGUGUCUGUCACCCCCGCGCCACCUACCAGCCACGCACUACAUCCUGACGACCCGGUGUCGAAGCCGACGGAAGCAUUUGGUUUCGAACAAGCAACCCGGGAAUAUACUCUACAACAAUUCGGAGAGAUGGCGGAUCAAUUCAAAUCUGAUUACUUCAAUAUGCCUGUUCAUAUGGUACCAACAUCAACAGUGGAGAAAGAGUUUUGGCGCGUCGUCUCCUCGUUGGAUGAAGAUGUUACAGUGGAAUAUGGCGCCGACUUACAUUCUAUGGACCAUGGUUCCGGUUUCCCCACAAAGACGCACGCGCACCUAUACCCUGGCGAGCAGCAGUAUGCGGAGUCGAGCUGGAACCUGAACAACCUGCCCGUGCUAGAAGGCUCCGUACUAGGACAUAUCAACGCAGAUAUCUCUGGGAUGAAGAUCCCUUGGUUAUACGUGGGUAUGUGCUUCGCAACCUUCUGUUGGCAUAACGAGGACCACUGGAGCUACUCCAUCAACUACUUACAUUGGGGAGAACCUAAAACUUGGUACGGAGUACCAAGUUCAAAAGCAGAACAGUUCGAAGCCGCCAUGAAGGCAGAGGCUCCCGAGCUCUUUCAGCUGCAACCAGAUCUGCUGCAUCAACUGGUUACCAUCAUGAACCCUAACAUUUUGAUGAAGGCUGGAGUUCCAGUGUAUAGAAUGGACCAACACGCCGGUGAAUUCGUGAUUACGUUCCCUCGCGCGUACCACGCCGGUUUUAAUCAAGGAUACAACUUCGCUGAGGCUGUCAAUUUCACACCUGCCGACUGGCUAAAAAUGGGCCGCGAAUGCAUAGCCCACUACUCAACACUGCGGCGUAACUGCGUGUUCUCCCACGACGAGCUAGUGUGCAAGAUGGCGCUGGAGGCAGACUCCCUCAGCCUCACCGUGGCACUGGCUGCCUACAGGGACAUGCGGACCAUGCUGCAUGAUGAGAGGAAACUCCGGAAGGGACUGCUCGACUGGGGCGUGACGGAGGCGGAGCGCGAGGCGUUCGAGCUGCUGUCGGACGACGAGCGGCAGUGCUCGCUGUGCAAGACGACGUGCUUCCUGUCGUGCGUGGCGUGCGCCUGCACGCGCGCCGUGGCCUGUCUGCGCCACUACCGCGCGCUCUGUGUCUGCGCGCCGCACGCGCACAAGCUGCGAUACCGUUACACCCUUGAUGAGUUACCAGCGAUGUUGGAGAAGUUGAAAAAGAAAUCUGAACAGUUCCGCGAGUGGGCCGAGGCUGUACAGAACGCUUUGGACCCAGACACACCCAAGACUUGUGACCUCGAUGGGUUGAGGGCACAUCUCAAGAGGGCUCAUGAUCUCAAGAUGCACAAAACAGAGCUAGUCCGAGCUCUAGAAACGGCAAUAGAAGACGCGGAGAAAUGCGCGUCAGUGAUCCAACAACUGGACCUCAACAAGAUGCGCACGCGCACGCGCCACCACGACCCCAAGUACCGCCUCACCAUACACGAGCUCACACUCUUCGCCGCCGAGAUCGAUGGACUCGCCUGCGUGUUGCCGGAAGGCUCAGCAGUAAAAGAAGUGCUACGACAGACAUCGGAGUUCGAGACCCGUGCCACUGAGCUCCUCAAUAAGGAUCUGGAGAAAACUGAUCAAGCAUAUGUCAGAGAAUUGGAAGAGACAUCGGAGCUAGGUUCCCGCCUAUGCAUAGUCCUCCCCGCCCUGCCAGCGCUGGUGUCCCGGCUGGCGCAGGCUCGGUUCCUAGAGUCAGUGCGCGCGUACAGGGAGGACUGCUCCACCCUGACUCCGGAGCUUAUACAGAGGCUGCUGCAGCAGGCUGACACCGUACUGCCACAUCAUAGGAUCGAGACAGAGAGAGCUCAACUACAUAGUCUUAAAGCUCAAGUAGAUGAAUGGGAGAACCGUGCCCGUGCCGUGUUAGUAGACACAACAAAGAACCCUCCGUCGGACAUAGACCCGCAGUACACGACGCUGGCGGAGCUGGAGGCGCUGCUGGCGGACGGGGAGGAGAUCGAGGCUGCCUUGCCUUCCUACCAUGCGCUGCAGACUGCCGUGUCACAUGCCAGGGACUGGCUGAGUAAGGUGGAGGAGAUGCAGUCGAAGGAACUGUACCCGUACAUGCACAGCGUGGAGAACGUGGUUCGACGCGGGGCCAGUAUACCGUUACAGCUCUACGAGAAGGACCAGCUCGCACAGGCGCUGCAGUCUGCCAGGAGUUGGAAGCGGGGAGCUGCUGACAUGUUUCUCAAGAAGAACUGGCCCUACUCUCUACUAGAAGCACUGUCUCCCCGCGUAGAAGUAGGCGAGACAGUAAGCAAGCGGCGCGCACGCGCAGGUGCAGCGGGCGCGGCCGGGGGGGAGCCCGCGUCCUCGCUGGAGGCGGGGCUGUUCCUCAGGAACUUCAGUGAGGACUCCACCCCCACUGAUAUUGUCGCUGCCUUUAAACACGCUGAACAGAGAGAACUGCAAGCUAUUAAAGACCUAAGAGCCCGCAACAUGCGCAAAGAAGUCCGUGCCCCAGUAUCCGCAGGGGUGACUUUCUGUACAUGCCAGAAGCGACAGUAUGGCGUCAUGACGCAGUGCGAACUGUGCAAGGAUUGGUUCCACGCCUCGUGCAUAGCCGCGAACAAGGAAGAACGUGAAGAGUCUCCCGAGCGCGUGGAGUCCAGCUUCCCAACAACUGAGCCCAAGUUCCUGUGUUCCGACUGUGUGAGGACGAAGAGGCCGCGACUUGACCGUAUACUGGCGUUACUGGUGUGGCUGCAGAAGCUGCCGGUGCGGCUGGCGGAGGGCGAGGCGCUGCAGUGCGUGACGGAGCGCGCCAUGGCGUGGCAGGACGCGGCGCGCGCGCUGCUGGCCAGCCCCGGCCUGGCGCGCGACGCGCCGCCCGCGCCCGCCGCGCCCGACGCCCUCGCCGCCGACCUCAAGAAGGCCACCGCCCGCGCGCACCUCCACCACAAUGCCAGAUCCUCAGCGAGCGUAGAACAUGCAUACAGUGCGACACCGAGAUCUCCCAGCGCACGCGCCGCACCUGGCCUGUUGCAAAAAUUGGAAGAUUUGAUGCUCGAAGGAGACUUAUUAGAGGUGCGGCUGGAGGAGCAGGCGGCGGUGUGGGGCGCCGUGGUGUGGUGGCGCGGGGCGGCCGGCGCGCGCGCCGCCAGGCACGACGCGGGGCGGCGCAAGCGGCACACGCGCGCGCCGCGGCACCACCACCCCAUGAAGCGCACGCGCACGAGGCACCACCACGUUGCACCUGCAGCAAAACCUACUCUCAAACGAGGCACAGCUACCACUACGAAUUAUCUCAAUAGGAAACAGGGCAUGUCGUCAGGUUCCAGUCUGAUGAUGCGCAAGCACUACAUGGCGCGCCAGGAGCGUCGCAAGCGGGGACUCGCGCCCCCUACCAGGGGGAAGCAUGUGCGACAGACUAGAAUGGGCCAACGUGCCGCAGCGUCAGGUUCAGGCACAGGUCGCGGCGGCGGCGCGUCCACUGCACGACGGAGUAGUUCGUCCUCCGCCUCCUCCGUAGAGGACGACGAGGACUGCGCUGCGCAGAACUGUCUUCGACCUACUGGCAAGGAGGUGGACUGGGUGCAGUGCGACGGGGGCUGCGACCAGUGGUUCCACAUGCACUGCGUGGGGCUGUCCCGCGCGGCACUGCGGGAGGACGACGACUAUGUCUGCGGCACGUGCGCGCAGCAACGACACUAG